AUGUCUGAGCUCGAUAUCAAUCUGAUUCUCACCAGCAUUUCUACCACCAAAGACUCCUUUACAAAGCCUCUAAACAAACUUUCAUGCUCCAUUCACUACGUUACCUUGUCCAUCCCAAUUGUCCACUGCUUGAGAAACUACCACUACAGGCUAUCUCUCAAAGUCCCUACCUUCUUGAAAGGCCUAAUAGAUUUCAUAAUCUACCACAGGCUGAAAUUAGUUCACUUGAAUUUGAAUGCUGCUUUCAACGUCAACAACAGACCUUCUUUUGCUAGCGACUCACUCGACAAAGUCCAGGGGAACACAAGCCCCAAUUUAAACAACAGAAAGGUAAUCAAGAAAAUCAAAAAAAGAAAAAGCUUCCAAUUCAAUGCCAUCACCCUCACUACUCUAAACAUAAACACUGUUGGCAACAAUAACAAUGUCCUUGACAAUAUGAAUAUAGACUUGCACGAUUUAUCAAUAUCACAAGCUUUAAAUCUAUUACUUCUCUUUUUAAACUCUCUACCUGAUUCUAUCAUACCACCAAAGUUUGCUUCAAAAUUGAUUAACGAGCUAUCCAAUAAUACCAAUUCAAAUUCAAGUCCGAAUGCAAACACAAGUCCAAAUACUUACUCCAAUAACAAUAAGAACAACACUAGCCCAACUAAUAUCAUAACCAAUAAAAGCUCUGACACUUCUUCAUCAAAUUUCUAUUCAAACUUACUAUCUUAUUACCAAUCUUCAGAUUACUCAUGUUACACCAACUUAAUUAUAAACUCAGUUGGCGAUCCCAAAAUCAACUUGCAGAUUCAAAACUUCUUAAUUUUUUCCAUUUGUUUACUCUUGAAUGACUUGCCGAUCCAGAACUUGAACUUAUUCAUCUUCAUUAUAAAAUUUAUAUCUUAUCUAAUUAGCAUUAACCAAAAACAAUCUCAAGACGACCCUCUCAACCACUCCACCACUCAUACCAAAGAUAAUAUAAUCAACUCUUACAUUUUAUCCAAACAUUUCAAUACCUGUUUUUUCAAAAAUCCUUCCAAUAUAAAUCUAUCAAUCUUAAUCUUGAAAAUAUAUAUUGACAACAUUGAUUUUUUAAUCAACUGGCUAAUAUUAAUCGACCAAAAUUUUAUCAAAUCAAAUAAACUUUACCUCAUUGAAUCAAAAUCUUUAACCAACGUUCUCAAUCCAAGAUUAAACUACCUAAUUCAACCAAAAAUCCCCAUAAUCAACUUCUUAAACUAUAAUAAAAAUAGCUCCUUUUUAUUAAACUUUUUCAUUCCCAAUAUCGUUGGUGAUUCAAUCAGUUUUCUUUAUAACAAUAACAAUUUUUUAAACUUAAAUGACCAAGCUUUAUUAAAUAUUUCUGUCAAUUUUUCUAAAAUUAUAUCUGAUUCAAAUUACGAACUCGAAUCAAUUGAAACUCACUCCUCAAAUCUAAAUUUCUUGAAAAAUCUCUUUUAUCAAAACCAGCAUCAAUCCAUUAAUUUAAACAAUUUCAAUUUUUUCUUCAAUAUAGACUUCAACUCCUUGAAUAAAAAAAAUAACUUAAAUCUGUUUAAAUUAUCCAGCUUAAAAAGUCACAAAAACUUGAAAUCUUCAAAGAGAAAUUCAAAUAAAAACCUCAACUAUUUGCAAUGCAACUCCUUAAUUAAUUGCGUGGACAUCAUUCAACUUUUAAUCUACUACUUGAAUUCUCUACCAAAUGAGUCUCUAAUAACUCAAUACAUUUUCAAUAUCUUUUCAAAAGAACUCCUAAAAAAAAGAUAUCUAUACCUAAAAAAUUUCGUAUCUCAACCUUCCAAUGAAAACGUCCUUCUAAGUAUCAGCAAUAAAAACCAUCUUAUAAAUUUAGAUUUAAAAGUCAUAAUUGAAAUCUUUUUAAGUUUUGCAAUUUUAAUCUUUACAAAAUAUUUGCCUCAAAAGAAUCUAAAUCUCUUGAUCUACUUGAUUGACUUUUUAUCUAACUACUGUGAUAUAUCAAAUUUCGAUAAACUAUUCUUAAAAACAAAGAUCAACACCUUGUCACUAUCAAAAUUAUUUUCCCCCUUUUUCUUUAAAUUUUCAAAUAAAUCCCAAUCAAAUGAAAAAAUUCUAAUUUUAAGAAUAUUAAUCGACAACAUUUCUUAUGUCAUUAAUUGCUUGAAUUUAAUGAAACAACAAUUCGAUAAUCACAAUCUCAACGAAACCUUUGAUAAUGUUGUCACUAUCGAUGUUUUUGAUACAAACGAACAACAACUGCACAAAAAUUCAUUGAAUAACAACAAAAAUACAACUGAUACCAUUAGCAAGUUAGCUUAUUCAAAAGUUCCUCUAAAAAUAAUUGAAUUUGAAAAGAACCGAUUCAUUGGUAUGAAAAUCUUGCUCCCACAAUUGAUUGAACAAUGCAUAAAUUUUUUAAAUGAAAAUAAAUUCACUAAAUGCGAAAAAUAUUUCUUGGAGUGCCAAUUACACCUUCAUGAUGAUGACGAUAAUGAAGACGAUGAAAUUUACCAUGACAGCAAUGGUAAUCAUAUUGAUGAUGCUUCAAAUGAUGAUAGUGAUGAUUUCAGCUUGGGGGGUAAUUUGAUGAAUAUUUAUUCUAGAGAAAAUAAAAAAUUAAUAUAUUUUAAUAAUAAUAUUGUAAACAUAUUAUUUAAUAUUUUCCUAAGUGGCGAUCAAUCUAGUUAUAUUAACAACGAUUUAUUGAAAGAUUUUAACAUUUGUUUUGAAAUUAUGAAUAUUAUUAAUGCCAUUGAAGAAAACCAUCAAACAAAGACAAAUGAGCAAGAAUACAAAGAACUAAGUUUAGCAUUAUCAAAUUCCAAACUAAUUGAAAAUGAAAAUAAGCCUAAAACUAAGAAAAAUACAAAUUCUUUUAAAUUAAUUAAAAACUUUGAUGUUUGUAAAUUAAUUUUGAAAUAUUUGAAUUUGAGUGAUAAACCAUUAAUUAAUAAUGACAUUAAAGAUGAGUUAAUAAAGGAGAUAUUUAAUGGAGAUUAUUCUAAUUUGAUUGAAUAUAUAGAUGAAAUUGGGUACAAAAACUUGAAUUUAAAUGUUAAAAGCAAGAAUAACGAUAUUGAUAUAAAACUCAAAAUUGAAAUUAAGAGAAUUCUAAACCGAAUUGUUUGUCUUUUAAUUGAUUUUGAUGAGAGUAACAAGUAUAUUUUUAACGAUGAUGAUGAGAAUGAUGAUGUUCCUGCAAAUAACCAUAACAAUAUCAAAUCCAACUCAAAUGUCAAUCCCAAUUUAAAUUUAAAUUUAAAUAUUAUAAUUAAAAUUAUUGAAACUUUAACCAAAUUAAAAGAAAGCAGUUCUUAUAAUUUAAGUGAAAUUUUUUUAAAAUUUUUCUUUGAAAAUGAAGUGGAUAAAUUUAAUUUAAUAACGGUGAAUAAAUUGGAAAAUGAGGACAAGAGUUAUAAAGUUGAGAUAUUGAAAAUAAUAAUAAAGAUUUUAAUUGAUAAUUUUGAAUUUUUUCUAAUGGCGAUUUAUUUACUUAAAAAUAAGAAAAGUGAAUUUAAUGACAGUAAACAGGAUAGUUUUGAUAAAUAUCCUCGGAUAAAAUUUGAAAGGAUAAAAUGGAAUAGAAGUAAUUAUAUUGAAGAGGAAUUAUUUGGGGACAAUAACGAUAAUAAUAAUAAUAGUACUACUACUAAUAAUAAUAAUAGCACUACUACUACUAAUAAUAAUAAUGGUGGUUAUUAUAAGAAUAAAAGCAUUAGUAAUAAGGAAGUUUCAUAUAAAUAUUAUUGUAAAUUUUGGUUCAAGCCUAAUAUUAGUAAUUAUGAGAAUACCAAGGGUAAAAAAGAUAAUAAUGAAUAUAAAAAGUUUGAGAUAUUGAUUAAUGUUCCAGUUAUAAUACAUAAAAGCAUUGAAUUUUUAGUGAUGAACGGAAUUGAAGAAGAAAAUGAAGAUAUAUUUAAUGAUAGUAAUGAGUGUGAUGGAUAUGAAGAAAGUGGGAAUAACAAGAUUGAGUUAUUGAAAGGAAUAUUUAAUCAUCGUGAAGAGAAGGAGAUCAAUGAGAUUGAAGAUAUUAAUAUUAGUUAUGAGAUUUUUAAUUAUCGGGAUUACUAUUUUAAUGAUAUUAAUAAUAACUUAAUCAGUAAUAAGGAAGUUUUAAAGGUUCUAUUUAUAUUUUUUGAGAGAAAUAGGAAUAACAGGAUAAUUGAUAAGAAAUUUGAGAAUAGGAUAAUAAACGAGCUUGAAAAGAGAGAAUAUUAUGAAAUGGUUGAGUAUUAUAAGGAUUUUUAUGAAGACGAAUAUAAUGGUGUUUAUAAGGAUGUUUAUAAGGAUAUUAAUAAAGAUAUGAAUAUAAGUUUAAAUUGUAAUUAUGAGUUGAAUGUGAAGUAUAAGAUAGUAAUUAGGAUAUAUUUGAAUUGUUUGACAGAUUUAAUUAUUGAUUUUUUGAGCCAUAAGAGAUUGAAUUUAUUGAUUUACGUUAUUGAUUUUAUGAAGAAGUUUGGAGAAGAAGUUAGUAGAGAUGUUGUUAUUGAUAAGUUUUACAAGGUUAUAUUCAAUGAUAAUUACCGGGGGGUGUUUAGUGAAGAGUUUGAUGAGGUGAAUGAGAUGAAUGAGAUUGAUGAGCUUAGUGAAAUCAAUGAGUCCAAUGAGAUGAGUGAGAUUGGGGAGAUUAGUGAAAUGAAUGAAUUUGAUUAUAGUGAAUAUAAUAAGUUUGAGGACAAUGAAAGAAGGAGUCUAGAAAACGAGAGGUUUCUUAAAAAGUUGGUUAUAAGGAUAUUGAUUGAUAAUUUUAAUUAUUUUAUAGGAAAUUUAUAUUUGAGGGAUAUUGAGAUUAAUGGGAAUAAUGAGGAGAGUUAUAAUAAUAACCCUAAUGCUAACAAUAAUAAUGCUAAUGCUAAUGCUAAUGCUAACAAUAAUAAUCCUAAUAAUCUUAAUAAUCUUAAUAAUCUUAAUAUUACUAAUAAUAGUAAUAGUGAAAAUAAGAUCAUUAGCAGGGGAUUUUCUAGGGAAGAAUUUUCAUUUUUGGAUGAGUUUAUAAUAAAUUCAGAGUUGCCAAGCUAUGAGGAAGUUAUCAAUAAUAACAACAAUAACAAUAAUGAUAAUAACAGCACCGGAUCAAUACAUAAUUAA